UGUAUGGAAUAAGACUGCAUCUGAUUAUGCAACAACAGCACGAAUUAGAGAUACAUUAAGGAGAGUUUUACAUCUUCCAGCAAGUGCCUCAAUGGAAUACAAAACUCAUAAUGAAAGUUUAAAAAAUGUUCAUCGGCUCUAAAAUCUUGUGAUGUCGACUCAAAGAUUUGAAUUCUUUAUGGAUUUUCAGGAAAAUAUAAAAGAAGAUACCAUGGUUUCUGUUAAUCCCAGAGUAUUUUUUGAUAUAGAAGUGGGUGGUCUACCAAUGGGUCGCAUAGUAUUUGAACUCUUUGCAGAUAUUUGCCCAAUAACAUGUGAAAAUUUUCGUGCCCUAUGUACUGGAGAAAAAGGACUUGGAAAAACAACUGGCAAACAAUUACAUUAUAAAGGAAUUGUUUUUCAUAGAGUAGUUAAAGAUUUUAUGAUUCAGGGUGGUGAUUUUUCAGUAGGUAAUGGAACAGGAGGAGAAUCAAUUUAUGGUGGAACAUUUGCAGAUGAAAAUUUUAUUUUAAAACAUAAUAAAUCAUUUUUAUUAUCAAUGGCAAAUCGUGGUAGAGAUACAAAUGGUUCACAGUUUUUUAUUACAACACAACCAGCGCCUCACCUCGACAAUGUCCAUGUGGUUUUUGGAGAAGUAGUGUCUGGCCAGGAAAUUGUUACACAUAUUGAGGGACUUCCAGUAGAUCGUAUGUCUCGUCCGUUACAAGAUGCGAAGGUUGUAAAUUGUGGAGAACUUGUACUGAAAGUCAAAAGUAAAGUAAAGAAACAUGAGACAAAGGAAAGCACUUCGUCCGAAUCUGAUUCUGAUUCAUAUGCUGAAAAACCUAAAAAGAAAAAAAAGGCCAAAAAAAAUAAAAAAAGAGCAAAAUCGGAGGAUGGUGAAAUUCAUGAUUCUAAUGAAGAUGAACUUGGAAAACCUCAUCCUCUUGUUUCGGUUACAAAAAUCGAUCCUGAUGAAAUUCCGGAAGUACCAGCAAAUAAAUUUUUAUAUAGAGCAGGACCUACUAAUAAUGCAAAUCAAAAAGAAUUUAGACAACAUUAUGGAAGAGAUCGGGUACGAUCACAUAGAAAAACUGGUCGCAUAUUUAAAGGAAGAGGAAUUUUUCGAUAUCAUACACCAUCACGUAGUCGUUCGAGAAGUGUUACACCACCUCAUUGGAAACAAGCUCAAAAUCGUACUAUUAAAUUGCAUGAAUUUCAGAAAUUAGAAAAAGAACGUCUAAAAAAAGAAGAAGAAUUGAAAAAACGCGAAGCUGAUAGAAUUAAAAAGUUUACUGAAAAUCCUGAUGAAGAUAAUCAAAUAGUGGAUAAAUUUGAUGUCGAAGCACAUAUAUCUGAGGAAUUGGAAAAUAAAGAAAACGAUCAAUCUGAUGAAAAAAAAAGUGGCAGUAAAAAUAUAGAUCAAGAACAAGAUAAUUUAAAUACUAGUUCAGAUAUUAAUGAUACAAUGACAAAAGACAAAAUAGAUGGAAAACAUAAAAAUGAGAAGUUAUUGAAACGUGAUUUACAUCGAUCGUAUGGUAAUAGGUCUUCACGACGAGAAUCUCGAGAUAGAAGUAAAAGGCGGGGAUCUGGUCGGUCUAGAUCGCGAGAUCGACGUAGAUCUCGAGAUAGAGAUUACGAUCGUAGAAAUAGUCGCGAUAGAAGAAAUAGAAGAAAUUAUUAUCCUCGAAGACGAGAUUUUUAUAGAAUUAAUAGACCUGGUAGAGAUAAUUACAGAUAUUAUGAUAGACGCAAUGAUUAUAGAAAAACAAAUAACUCUAAUUCUAACCAUGAUACGGAUAUUAAUUCAUCUCGUUAUGAUAAAAAUCGAAGAAAAAGUGAUAAUACCUCAGACUCUAAUAAUCAACCAAAAUUCAAACGUCGCUCACGUUCGACUAGUUCUAGUAGUCAACACUCCAAAGAUUAAAUACAAUUAUUUUUAUUUUUAUUUUUCUGCAUUAUAAAGAAGAAAUAUAAUUUAUGCAGUAAAUUACAUUUAUAUUUUCAAAUCUUAUUAGAAUUUGUUUCUUUAUAACAUAUAUAAAUUUAUAUAUAAGAAAUUCUGUCUUAAAUUAAUAAUAUUUCAAAUAAUAUUAGGUUUUAAUAUAUUUUAAAUGUAAAUUUCAAUUUUCCAACAAUUAGAAUUCUCUUAUAUGUCGAUAAUUUUUGUAUUUCUACAGAAUGAAUAUAAUGUGUUAAAAAUUAUAAUUGUUUAAUUGUUUAAUUAUAUAUAAUUUUGAAAAAAACAUAAGCUAAAAUAUUUAAUACUAAACGUAUAAUAUAUCUAUCUAUAUAGCAUUACUGUAAAUUAAAAAUACUUUUAUAUAGUAAAUAAUUAAUAUAUAAGUUACAUUUGAAGAUAUUUUUAGAUAUAAUUCUAUAUAUUUUCAACGUUUCUUUGUAUUGAAAAAAAAAUUGUAAAUGUAUUGAAAAGAUUUAAAUUUACAAAUGGAAUUAAGUUAUAUUUUCUGUAAAAUUAUUCUUAGAAAUUUAACAAAUUUAGAUUACAUGGAAAAUAAAAAAUUUUCAUAUAAUUUAAAAAGAUAUUUAUAUUAACAUGUUGUAUGAUCAUUAUUCAAAAUAAAUAAGAGAUAAUAUA